AAACAUUCAGCCAAAAAAAAAAAAAAAAAAGCUUUUCUCCUUUGGUCGAAGAGAAAAGAAGCUAAAGAUCUCAGACACCAUCUCAUUCGGUCGCGGCUAAUACUCUCCCAUCCCGCUGGUACAUCGGCGACGGCAGUCAUCGCAUUUGAGACCCAACUUAACUUUAGCUUCCCCUUCUUCAACUCUAUCAAAGUGGGUGUAGACUCAUAGAAGAAAAUGAGGAGGAGACCUGGUAUUGGUGGUUUGCAGAAUGCUGCUGCUGCUAGGGACCAAUAUCGGGCGCUGGGCCAGAAUGUGGCCCAGAUUAGAACUGAUCUCAUGAAGGAACAGCUUGCCACUUUUAAAAGUCAAUUAGAAGAUUUUGCUCGCAAACACAAGAAUGACAUUCGCAAGAAUCCUGCUUUUAGAUCACAAUUUCAUGAUAUGUGCACAAAGGUUGGAGUAGACCCCUUGGCCUCCAAUAAGGGUUUCUGGGCAGAGCUUUUGGGGAUCGGUGACUUCUACUAUGAACUUGGAGUGCAAAUUGUUGAUAUCUGCUUAGCAACAAGACCCCACAAUGGAGGCUUGAUCAACCUGCAGGAACUCUGCAAUUUGCUUCGUCGGAGACGAAAAAAUGAUCGUGAAGCUGUUUCCGAGGAUGAUUGCCUGCGUGCUAUAAGUAAGCUGAAGGUAUUGGGUAAUGGUUUUGAGGUUAUUUCUGUUGGAAAGAGGAAGCUUGUUCGUUCUGUUCCAACUGAGUUGAACAAAGACCAUAAUGAAAUUUUAGAGCUUGCCCAGUCUCAAGGCUUUGUGACUGUUGAUGAGGUAGAGAGACGGCUAUCUUGGACCAGUGGCCGUGCAAUUGAUGCCUUGGACACUUUACUAGAUGAGGGCCUUGCAAUGAUUGAUGAUGGCCACAAAGAUGGUAUACGCCGAUAUUGGUUUCCCUGUGUAUCUUCCAUCUCUACCCUAGUUGGAGCUGACACUUAACAAAUGAGAUAUCUCAACAUAUUGGAGUUAAAUAGGAUUAUAUGUAAAAAUGACUCAUUUGUGAUUCCCUUUGUAAUGCUAGUUGGUCCAACAGACUAACGAUGUUCAAUGCUUUUCAUCUUAUAAAGGAGAAAUUUGCUACAUUUCUCACAACUCGG